GCAGAAGACAAGUGAAGCGUACGUCAUCAGCUCGCGCAGGAGUGUGCAGCUCGUAACAGGAUGGCACACACAUGGGCCGGGGGUCACUCCACGGCUGUGCUCUGUGCUGGAGUCUCCUCUGAGUCUGAGUCUGUGGUGGUCACCGGAGCAGAGGGAGGAGAGCUGACCCUGUGGACUCACGACGGGUCACCAGUCUCUAAACUGCACCUGGGCGCUGGAGAUGAUGUCACGAGUCUGGCUUUCUCACCGUCGAGCCCCUGCGUGCUGUACGCCUCUCACGGGCGCACGGUUAGUGCACUAGACACCAGGAACCUGAAGACGGCCGUGACGGAGCUGACAGACGUGGGCGAGGAGGAGAUCAACUGUGUGUCUGUGAACCCGAGCGGGGCUCUGCUCGCUGCUGCUGACGACUCUGGAGCCGUGAGGGUCAUCGACCUCCAGCUGGAGACAGUCAUCCGCACGCUGAGGAAACACCACAACAUCUGCUCGUCCGUGACCUUCCGACCUCACCGGCCUCAGAGUUUAGUGUCUGCAGGCCUCGACAUGCAGGUGAUGCUGUGGAACCUGCCAAAGGUGCGUCCGCUCUGGACCUACAGUCUGCAGCACACACAGGGAGAAGACGCUGGUCCUCAGAGAGCGGGCCAGAUGUUCAACCCUCCUCUCGCUCACUGUGUUGAUGUCACGUCCUGCGGUGACCUGCUGGCCUGUGCUGCUGAGGAUGGCUUCAUCCACCUCCUGCGGGUGUCUGAGGACUCCAGGCUCAGGGAACGAGGGAUGUUCAAGGCUCACUGUCAGGGAGCAUCACAGGCUCACUUCAUCAGCUUCCUGUCCCAUCCGUACUGGCUGGCCACCGGAGGAAACGACGGCCUCGUGGCUCUCUGGGACCUCAGUGAAAAUGCUCUGGUGGCCAAUGAGAGGAAGCACAAAAGCCGCAAGAAGAAAGCUAAAGCCAGAGCGAAGGCAGCGUCUGGAGCUCAACACCAGAAACAACAGAUGAGGGGCGAGGAAGCAGAAGCUGGCAGUGCUUCAGAGACGCAUGGGAAACCCGAACCAAAAUGGUCUUUUAAUCACGGGGAGAAGGUGAACUGGGUUUGUCCAGCUGUGUUAAAGGGAAAGCCGAGUCUGCUGGUAACAGACCAAAGCCCCAAUCCAUCGGUGUAUUCACUGGAUGAACUAUAAUGUGUGGGAAAUCCUUUUAAAAUCAUGUCAACUUAAUGCAAGAUCUACAGCUCAGAUUAUGCCUUCCGCAGUCAUUUCUUGCUCAUCUUUUGGUCUGAUUUUGCCAGUUUUCAGAGGUGGACCAAGUACUCCACGACUUGACUCAAAGUACAGAAUAACUUGCAUGUAAAAAGUACUUAAUUCCCAAAAGUACAUUUCCUUUUUCAUGUCAAUGCACUGUUUUAUUAUUGCUGUAUGUAAUACUUGUAAUGCCUCUGAAGCAACUAACAAUAUUAGACCUUCUGAAUACACCGACUAGCUUGUAGUAACUUUGGAAUUAAAAGCUUUUGAAUGUUAAAAACUAACAGAAAGAAAAAAGUUUUAUUUAAUGCCCCACAAAAGCAGGAUGGUAGUGACCUCAAAACAAAAAAAAUCACCCACUGACUUUCAAAGCUGCUCCAUUGUAACUACGUCAAGGACCUUGAUAGUAACGUAGUGGAGUGAAAAUGACCAUAUUUGUGGUCAUAUUUGACUUUUAAAUGUAUUGAAGUUAAAAUAAGUUUCCAGAAAAAAAACUCAUGUACAGAUAGGCUAAAAGCUUACUUAUAAAAGCAGUUACAGUCCACCUCUGGCUGUUUUCAGUGUCACUAAUGCAUGUGAAUGAGUUUUUCUUUCCUGCUUGUUUGACCAACUUUAUCUUGAGCUGACGAGUGAAGAGGAGUGCACGUCACCUGGAAACUGAACUACUUCUGCAGAGCUUCUGUCAUGUGCAUCCUACAGAUACUCUACUAUCCCAUGAUGCCAUGGGAGAGAAUUUGUAAAUGGUGGGAAAACACAACUGAUGUUGUAGGUCACCUGACAAUAAUAACAUGGCAGAUGCAUCAUGUCCAGAUGUAUGCAUACAGAAAAUAUCUCAGAGUAAUUUGCAAUGGCUACUUAACCUGAAAGUACCUUAGUUAUUAGAACCAAAAAUUUUACUUAUCCAUCUACUCAGAGCAAAUUGUUUUGAGUAAACCUCAUUUAAGGAAUAUACUCAGACUUCUCCUUGUCGUCUAAAGUGCCAUUUCACCAUCCAUCAAUGCUGAUGUUAUUGCUUUGAGUCCUAUUACCUCCAUGUUGAAUAAACUUUACAGACA